AUGAAGGUAAUUUUGAAAAAGAGGAACGGGAAGUUUAUAGACUGCUUUGACAUAAGUCCGUCAACCACCAUUGAUCAGUUCAAGGAAAUAUACUACAAGAAGUAUCAUUAUUAUCCCGAGAGGCAGAAAUGGAAUUUAGACAGUGCGGCGGGGAAGACUCUAAAAAGUGGAACGUUCCACGAAAAUGGAAUAAAAGACAGUGAUAUUCUAAUAUUUAAGGAUCUCGGCGUCCAAAUAUCAUGGCGACUAGUUUACGUGAUAGAAUACCUGGGACCCAUUUUUAUUUUUCCUUUUUUUUACUUCUGUGACAAAUAUGUUUACCCUCAGGCGAACAAAAAUAAACACAUCAUUCAAAUCCUAUCCUUGUGGUUUCUGUUGUUCCACUUUUUAAAGCGAGAAUUCGAAUCUAUGUUUGUACAUCGAUUUAGCAAUGCCACAAUGCCUAUAAGGAGGGUUCCCAUAAAUUGCGGCCACUAUUGGGUAUUAUGUGGUGUAAAUAUUGGCUAUUAUCUAUUUCAUCCCCUUUACAAACCAUACAAUUUAGAAACAAAACCAGUCAUCGUCUAUUCUUUUUUUUGUGUUUUAUUAAUUCUGGAGUUUCUAAAUUUAAAAUGUCAUCUGAUAUUAAGAAAUUUAAGACCAAGAGGAACCAAAAGCAGAGGGAUACCCCACGGAUAUGGCUUUAAUUACAUUUCAUGCGCAAAUUAUUUUUAUGAAUCGUUGAUAUGGAUUAUAUUCGCCCUCAUAAUAAAUACAUUAACAGGUUACCUCUUCAGUAUAGUCGCCACAACGCAGAUGGCCAUUUGGGCACUAAAGAAGCACAACAAUUAUAAGAGAGAAUUCCCUAAUUAUCCCAAAAACAGAAAAGCCAUAUUCCCCUUCAUCUUGUGA